GAGAAGUAAACAACUUUAGGCCGCUUAUCCCAGUCUGUUGGGUCUCUCUCUCUCUCUCUCUCUCUGAAAUCGCAAGAAGGGGACUAGGGUUUCCAGCCGCCGCCGACCAUCUCUGACACUCCUCCAGUCUCCGAUCAACCCGACGCCGGCCGUAUUCCUCCUCUCCGUUCUUCGCUCAGCCCGACGCUACCAUCUCCGUCACUGCCGAACAUCUCCCUCCUCUCCAUUCUUCUCUCAGCCCGAAGCUUCCGUCUCCCGGGCCGCCGACGAUCUUCCUCCUCUCCGUUCGCUCUUUCCGACGUCACUAUAUCCAGCACGGCUAACCUCCUCCGGCUACUGCACCGCUCUGUCAUAUCCAUUCUCCUUGGAUCUGCGCCCUCCCUCAUCUGCUCGGAGGAGGAUCUUCAUCGAGGAAGAGGAAACGGAAGAGGAAGAGGAGGAGCAUUCAACUGAAGAAGAAAUCGACUCCCAAUCACGACGAGCAAAAAUCCACUAAUGCCAAAACACACACCCUUUGGGGUGGCCUUCAGCUCCAAUGUACGUGAAGAUGAGCAAGAGAGUCCAAGAAAUGUUAGGGUAAAGACAAUAAUUUGCAAUUCUUCUAUUGGAAUUGGAAAACAACUUAUAUCUCCCAUUCCUUCCAAUCAUAUUGAAUCUAAUGCCUCUUUGCUCUCAUUGCAUGAUGAUCAUGGCAAGAUGAAGCCAAGAAUGGACAUUGGAGACUUUAAUUCCCCAGUGGGACUGGCAAAUGCUAUGGAGGAGAAGACUGGCCUACUCACUUCUCCUGCUGCAGGAAACACUAUUACUGAUAAUCCACCCAUUGAUGUUGCCUUCAAGAGGCCUUUGUUUGAGGAUGUACUCUCGCAAUUUAUAUUCACUGGUAGCAGCCAUCCCAAUGGGCAAGACAAGAAUCUUUUCAAGUCACAGGUUCUCUGUCCUUGCACUGAAAGGACUGCAAUUAGAGAAAACAGGGACAUGGAGGACAAUAGACAGAAGAGAGCAGAGUCUCUCAUUGUUGCUAAGCAGAAGAUCUAUACAUCCAUUUCUUCUGAUAAUGAUCAAACUGCAGCAAAUGCAGUUGGGAAUGCAACUUUCAUUUCACAAAGCGUUUAUGAAAAGCCAGGAAGGGGUAAGGAAAAAGUGAAUGAGAAAACAGGUGAAAAGGUCUCGUCCAAGAAAACAAGAAAAGAUAUGAGGGGUCAGAAGAAUUGUCGUCGACAAGUUGUGGUUUCUGGUUACUUCAAUACUUCUAAAGGGGAAGUAAUAGCGCCAUGUCAGGAGAAUAACAUAAAAAUCAAACAGACCAAACAAAGAAUGGAGUAUUGUCCCAAAAAAUUAAGGGUUUCCCCCUACUUUCACAGGGAAUCACUUGAGGAAGGCAAUGCAGUUUCUGACUCUAUGGACAUUGAGUACAUUGUAUUGCCAACAAGGGCCCAAAGAGAAGCAUUAGUUAGGCCUGUACUUUCUGCUCACCAGAGGCGAGAUGAGGCUUAUAAAAGAAGAACACCAGAUAACACAUGGAAGCCACCACGCUCUGAUUUCAAUCUCCUCCAAGAGGAUCAUGCCUAUGAUCCUUGGAGGGUCUUGGUGAUAUGUAUGCUUCUUAAUCAGACAACAGGUCUGCAGGUCAGAAAUGUUAUAUAUGAGCUCUUCAGUUUAUGCCCAAAUGCAAAGGCUGCUACAGAGGUUGCUCCUGAGGAGAUAGAAAAAGUAAUAAAAACCUUAGGUUUACAGAAAAAGAGGUCUCUAAUGAUUCAGCGGUUCUCUCAGGAAUAUUUGGGUCAAAGCUGGACUCAUGUGACUCAACUGCAUGGUGUUGGCAAGUAUGCAGCGGAUGGGUAUGCAAUAUUCUGUACCGGGAAGUGGGAGCGCGUGAGGCCAACAGAUCACAUGCUAAAGAAGUACUGGGAAUUUCUGUGUAGUAACAAACACAGAUUAGACAGCCCUAAGUUAGACCGGUCAUGAUUAAUGUUAAUGUUUGUCCAAGACAGACUGAUGAUGUACAUUCAUCAAUCUCUUCUAUCUGAUGAUUUAUGCAGGGCCAGGAGUCUUGUAGUACCAACCCUUCGUUUUGUAAUUCACUCACUCACUCCUGGUAAACCUCAUCUUGUUUUGUCUGGUCUGGUCUAGCAGGAAUCGUUAACUAGGUAUCUUCUGUAAAAUAAGAUAAAGUAGUAGAAGCAUUGAAGAGGUCUUGUUUUUGCAUUUGGUUCUUAAUUGAAGUGAAUAUGUGCUACCAAGAUGUGUAUAUAUAUGCUUAUUAGCGUAUUGCUUC